UGUUAAUGUCUAACUUCAACCAACCAGGUCUGUUGUGAGAUAUCAGCUCAUUGAAGACAAUGGUGUACUGUGGCGCAACUUCGUGGAUUGGUUGAAGUUAGACAUUAACACAGUUGGGUGCCGACCCAGUGGUCUAGUUGGUUAGGCGCCUGACGUGAGGCUGGUGGGUCCUGUGUUCAAGUCUCCCGGGGUGCGAAAUCAUGGAUGCGCACUGCUGAAGAGCCCCAUAAUAGGACGAAACGGCCGUAGAGUGCUUCCAGGUUUUCAAUGGUGAUCUAAAUUGGACCAGUUCAUGAUUUCAAUGAAAUUUAUUAUUUAUCGUCAAUAGCCUUCAUAAUGAUCAUAGAUAACUGAAUUCAUCAGUUGUGAUUAAAUUAAUAAUAUGGUGAUUUAAUUUCUACGUUCAUUAAAUGUAACAUAGUAUUCAAGUAUAUGUUUGUGUAUACAUCUCCAAUCCAUAGUUUUCAUAUUAGCGCUAGUAAUACUCCCUGACUAUUAUAAAAAGUCCUUAAGCAGACAAAUCAACGUUUGGAAGUGAAUCCAAAGUGAUUAAAUUACAAUUACUACUAAUUAACAGUACUAAGUUGUAAUUGAAAAUAAAAGAAGGAGAGAGAUAGAUGGGUAAAAAACAAAUAAUGCUUACUAUACCAUUGUCAUAUUCGAAGAAAUCGCCUAAUUCGUGGUGUUACACAACAUUUUUAAAAUAUUCAAAUCAAUGUUUACUCGGUUAUAACAAAAGCUCUCACCAAACUGAUCGCUAGUUAGUAUAGAAUGAUAAUAAUAAAGAUUAACAAUAUGAAAGUGUUAUAGGUUGUGAACCUUUGUGCCCUGUAUAUUGGAUAACGCAACGAUACCGCCAAUCAGAGAGCAGCGAAUUAUCGAUCGAACCAGUGACGCAUAAAACACGUGCGAACAGCCUAGAGUCCUGAUUGGUCUCGCUUCCUGUCUAGCCCAGCCAGUUAAGUCCCGAACACCGAUCUCAGCCUCUGCAAUAUGAAUCAUUUAUCUCAAACAUACGGGGUUGAUAUACCAAUCAAACAGGCCACAUCGUACCAUAAAAUAGGAAACAACAUUUGUACAUGAAUUAGCCAGAUGUGGCUGUGAAUGAGGGAGAUAGUAAUUAAUAGACAGGCCAUAACUCAAGAAUGGUAAAUCGUAUAGUAAUAGUCUAUGGGUCAAAUUAAAGCUUAUAAUAAGAGCGACAUAAAUAUGAACAGUUUAGUUACAUAACAAUUAUACGAUAAAAAUAUACACAUAGCACUGGUCCAUAAAUGGAUCCCAAAAGUUACCAUUCAUUCUGCUUAUCGGGAUAUAACAGAAAGAUAGGAAUAUAUAUAUUACUGAUAAUUGUUAAUUUAGUAAUAUGUUAUUCAUUGUUUAAUCAGAUUUAUUUACAUUUAGAAGGCAUAUUGUUGCGUGCGGAGAAGAUUAAAUUAUGGGUAACUUCCGAGAACUAUAUACGGACUGUUAUUAUACAUAUAAUCUUAUUGUAUAACCGUUAAGCAACUAGGUUAUAUAUAAAUAUAUGUUCCUUUUAUCAUAAGCCUUCAAUCGACCUGCAAUUUACUAUUCUUAAGUUAUUCCCAGUUUAUUAGUUACAGUUUCUCACACUCACAGAUACUUUUGACCUAAUCUUGUAUAAUUGCUAUUUUUCUAUUUUAUGAUAUAAUGUAGUCUGGUUUACUUAUAUAUAAAUCAAAUAUAUCUGAAAUAUGUGAUUCAUGCAGUGGAAGCUGAGAUUGUGCUCUAGACUCAACAGGUAGGGUUAGGCGAGAAAUUACUAUUUUGAGGAUGGAUAAGGAUCCAGAGUUGAUGUAGGGCUGCUAAUGCUUUUUGAUGUUUCAUUAGUUUAGCACAAGAACAAGGUCAUAUAAGUCCAUAUUCUGAUUAUUGACAACACACAUGAUUAAAUUUAUAUUCUACUAUCUGGUGUUAAUCGUAUUAUUAAAACUACUAGAAAUAUUACUAGUAAAAAUAUAUAUUACUUAAUUAGUAAUGAUACGCCUUAAUUAUAUUGAAGUGUAUUCAAGUAAGUUAUAUACACUUCUCCAUGAAACGAUUUUCCAUUUCAGUGAUUCACGCUUUUACUUUCUACCAUUUCAUCAUAGAAUGUGGAAAACGUCAUAUUCCAUAGAUGUAUAAGAUGUUCUCAUCUUCGAAUUCCUUCAAUUUAUAGAUUAAGGCAUUACACUAGAUCUUGAGGAAACUGAUUCCAAAGGAAGUUAUUGAAAAAAAAGAUAAUUUGUUGGAAAAAGUUUCAUUCUAAUGUUGUAUGAAAAUUUGAUUAAUUUCAAAAAGGUUUUGAUCUAAGAUUUAUUAAUAAUAGUUAGAGAUUAUCGGAAAUAAUAAGAAAUUGUUUUGAGGUUUUAACCUGGUUUUGAAUUUUGCAAAAAGUCAACCGACUAAAAUAAAGUGGAUCUUCAACUGAAUCUUUACAAUUCAUGUAAAUUAAAAUGACUGUAUCGAUAAUAUUUUAUAAUUUUCUUAUUGACAGUCCUCUCUAUUCUUCUUCUUCUUCUUCUUCUUCUUCUUCUUCUUCUUCUUCUACUACUACUACUACUACUACUACUACUACUACUACUACUACUACUACUACUACUACUACUACUACUACUACUACUACUACUACUACUACUACUACUACUACUACUACUACUACUACUACUACUACUACUACUACUACUACUACUACUACUACUACUACUACUACUACUACUACUACUACUACUACUACUACUACUACUACUACUACUACUACUACUACUACUACUACUACUACUACUACUACUACUACUACUACUACUACUACUACUACUACUACUACUACUACUACUACUACUACUACUACUACUACUACUACUACUACUACUACUACUACUACUACUACUACUACUACUACUAAUUUUUACUUACUUUUACUUAUUCCUGUUAUCACUCAUGUUGAAUAG